GCCAAACAGCCAAUGAGUUGUGGUUUUCUCAUUGUAGGCGGGACUUAUACGGAUUUUUUCUUCUACUGACAAUUCUACGGUACGAUACAUUUUUGAAAAGCAAAAUUAUUUUUUCAAAGUAAAAUUAGAGGUUAACUGAACCCUUCAAAGUGGCACGCCUUUUGGUGUAUUUUGACUUUUUGUUUUUUUCAGCGAGUUCGUUCAUUAUCAUUAUUAUUAUUAUUAUUAUUAUUAUUAUUAUUAUUAUUAUUAUUAUUGCUGUUGUUGUUUAUUUAUCUAUUUCUUGUUCAUAAACACAAUAGGUACAGGGCAAAAUAAAGAGUAAGUGGGCUUCAAUGGUUUUAAAAACUGCCUCUUCUUUUUGCUAUUAACAUAAUUGUCCUUUAGGAGAACGUAGAUCUUAUAAAUGUUCUAGGUACAACCAUAGCCUUUGUCUAGCCUCAGCCUUGAAACCCACUUUUGGGUUCUUGUUUUUAAAUAUUUUAGAAGACUUUACUUGCUUUGUUGAGGGUAUAAUCAUGUUAUCUUUAUGUAGGGGGUGAAUGUCCACUAGGGGGAACCCAUAGACCUUAAUUAUCAAACACCUAUUUUCAACCUGGUCUUUUUGCUAUCGCUCAAAGGCAUUAUUUUGUUAUCACAGAAAUUUGCCCUGGAUCAGUUCACUGACAUUCGCAGAGACGUGUUUUGCUUGUUUUGCUAUUCGUGAUGUCAUUGUGACGAUCGGAUCCCCAUAAUUAAAGAGUGCAUUGCUCCGGUAUCUCUUGCAUAGCCACUUCUUAGAGUGAAUCUAAAAUUGAAUGCAACCUUUAUAAACAAUCAUGCAUUCACUCAAUAUUUUGUAGUAUUAUGUAGCCAGGUCUACUUUUAGACCUACCACAGUUUAAAUAACGCUACAAAAAUUAACGUAUGACAAAAUAAGAUGUUCUCCACAUUUGUCACAGUAACAUCAUGGUAUCUGAUAGACAAAAUUAUAAAGUUUUAUCAAUGCAGUAGGCCAAGCAAACAGGGACAUUUUAUGAAAUUCUUGUUUUAUUAUGAAAGUCAACGGAAGUUUGGCAGAUGACGUAUAUUGUAUUUCCGGGGUUGAUAUCUGCGUGGAUGGGAUGAUGGCAACGCAAAGCAAGCGAAAUACUGAUCUGAUGGAAUUUAGAUACGUAUUACUUUAACGCUAUUGGUAAGGUAUUUUAAAAAAGAAGAUUUUUGGCAUAGAAAAUGGCUUCGUUUAAAUCCAGUGAAGUUGAAGAGGGAAAGUAUGCGUAUGCCAACAAUCAAACACGCCUCGAGUCUGCGUCGCAGUCUCGGGAAAUAAUAAAACCCUCAGUCACGGAGUUGACUAAAGAAGUCCGAACUAACAUCCUCUGCACAGUGGAAGGAUGUGGGAAGAUUCUUCCAAACACGCCUGCUCUAAACAUGCAUCUUGUCAAGUCCCACAGAGUCAAGGAUGGCAUUGUAAACCCUACUGUAAGGAAAGAUAUGAAGGGUUCUCAGAAACUUUACUGUUGCCCUAUUGAUGGUUGUCCCAGAGGCCCAAGCCGACCAUUUUCACAAUUUUCUUUAGUGAAACAACAUUUCAUGAAGAUGCAUGCAGAGAAGAAACACAAGUGCUGCAAAUGUAACAACGGCUAUAGCACAGAAUGGGAUUUAAAGAGACAUAUAGAAGAUUGUGGAAAGACAUACCAAUGUACAUGUGGCUGCCCAUAUGCCAGCCGGGCUGCACUUCUCUCUCAUGUUUACAGAACAGGACAUGAAAUUCCUACAGAACACAGAAUUCCUCCAGUUAAGAAAAGAAAAAUGGAGAAAGAGCUGAAUGCUUGUGAGAAGGUUAAGGAUACUACUCCCCACAAUAUUUCUACAGUUGGAGAACCAACAGAGGGCUCUCAUUGUCAGGAGACCAGUCAUUCAUCAGAUGCUGUUAAUAGGAGAUCAAAUUCUCAAAAGACUUUUCAAAAGUUACUGUUGCCUAAACCAAAAAUGGCUAUUGUCAGUGUUCCCAUCAUGCAAUUAGCACAUCUGCCAGUUCUCCUCCCAUCUUCAGAAAGUGGAGCUUUAAGACCUCUUGUACUUGCGAUUGAUAACCAAGGAUCAGUUGGCAGCUUUCACCUGGUACCUCAAGGCACAGAAGGCAGGAAGGAUGCCAUGAGCUCUUUGAAUUCUAACCAAGACCCCAAAAGCAUUGGUGUUCAAGUGAAUUUAGAUCCUGUAGUAAUGGAGGACUCUGGUGCACGAGGAAGAAGCAUGUCGACUAAUAUACAGACUGAUCAGUCAUACUUGUCCAAAGUGCCUGCAUCAGUGACCGAAGCUGUGACUGUAUAUUCUGUUGCUGAGUCUUCGGUGUCGUCCUGCUCCCAAACAGACAUCAGUGUCAGUGCUCAGGUGCUCUUGCCUGUCAGCGUGGAAACUCAGACCUCGUUAAGAGCCAAAUCUACUGCAUCUAUUGGAGCACAAACCGAAACCCAGUCCUUGUGCCAGAUUUCAUGUUCUUCUUCUAUUGUACCCCCAUUCAAGAGUAGACGGACACAGACUUGCUCUGUCAAGACUCAGAAUCUAGCUUCCAUGUGUUCUGACCCAUUCAGUGACCAUAGCCUCAGUGUGUCUACUCAGACAACAGUUGUGGGCCUGGACACACUGAAUCCUGGUGGGAGCAAUAUAUAUGGGGACAUGAAGUCUGCAAGUUCAAUGUGUUUUGCUGUGCAGACAGAGGACCUUAACACAAAUAACAUGGCAGACAACCAGACUCAAACCAUGUCUUUGCUGAAUGACUUGGAGAAUAUUUUGUCCGAUAGCAUGUCUGGCCACCAGGUACUUACAGAGACUGCAGCAGGGUGUGGGGCUAGUCUCAGCUCUGUUCAGGACCAGCAUAAUGGCAUAGACUUUGACUUUGAGGACUUUCUCAGUGCUGUACAUAUCCAGACGCAGACAGAGGAGAGUGAGUUUGGGGGACUGAGUAGUGACACACACCUGGAGUCUUUAGACAUCCAGACUCAAACUGACUUCCUUCUCAUGGAUGAACUAGACCAAACUGGAGGACCAAAUCGAAACCAAGCUCAUGAUCUUGAAUUAUUUGAUACACAAACCCAGACAGAUUUAAAUUUUUUGCUAAAUGCUGGCAGUCAUGUACCACUUGGCAGCAUAUUACGACAUUCAAGUUUUUCUAUGAGCACUGAAUCUUCAGAUACUGAAACUCAGACUGAUGUUCCUGCCUUUCCUUCAAGCUUUUCAGCUCAGACUCUUUCGGUUAAUCAAGGAGACAGUGCUAGGUUACUGAGUAGCGCAGAGACUCAGACUGUGACCAGCCAGGCAGAGGGCCUCGGCCAACUCUUCCUGAUCAGUAAUGAAACACAAACUGUCAUGGAUGACUUCCUGUCAGCGGACCUGGCAUGGAAUAUGGAGUCCCAUUUCAGCUCGGUAGAAACGCAGACAUGUGAGCAGCUCAGUGCUCUCUUUCCACGGCCACAGAAGCCCAAUAGCUGAAGAUGACCAGGCUAGAGUGAUACAGGCUUCAAAUUUCCUCUUCAUUGGAGGAACUGGCAUAAACUGCUUACAGCAUUUGACGGGCUAAUGUGAAAAGUGUGAAAAUGUUUAAGGCAUUCCACUGAGCGACCCCUCUUAUGGAGUUGUUCGUUGACUGCACUUUAUAGCAUGUUGGACAUGAUGAUUGACAGUUUACAGAUUUGUUUGCACAUAAACCCAUGCUUUGUUUGACAAAAUUUACAUUUUAUUGACUGACAUCUGACUGUCACACUGACACUGACAAAACAUUUUUAUCUCAUUUAUUUUGUCUGAAGUAUCUUUCGUGUCAUUAACAUGAGAAAUGAUGGAACGUCACCGUAUGGCAUACCGUGUUUUAAGGGCACUGCAUGGGUACUGUAUGCUUUUUACAGUUUUGGCCCUUCUUUUUCUUAGUUUACAAAUGUAAUUUGAAAAGCAUGAACUAGACCUAAAAACACUAGAGAUGUUUCUGCUACCAGUAGUUGCCUCUUGAAUGCUGCAUUGUGAAAAGCAGCAAGACUGCACAUUAGGUGAAGAAUAGAAGUUAAAAGUGUCUAGUCAUGUUAUUGUACUGAUUAAAUGGAAAUGUACUUUUGAUGUGCAAACCUGUUCUUUGUCUUAAUGUACGUAUAUUUGUGUUUGUAGCCAAAUCCUUAACAUUUGGUCUGUAGGCAUUACUGAUGUGGUGGUACAAUAGCAAAUUAGUAAUGUUACUGCUUGGCACAAUUUUAAUAUUAACUGAAGGCUAGAUUUGUGGAAUUGUUCAAAUCGGUUGCUUUUGUAAUUGUUUUUUGUGUGUGUGUGCAUGUGACUUGAUCUUUGCACUACUUUACCUCAUAAAGCACACACCCACCUUAUUACUACUUCUCUAGGAGGACCUAUAGGCCUUGAUUAUGUGUUAAUUUAAGUCGGUGCCUUUCCUUUCAUACAACUGCUGAAAUGUGAAUGAAGAAACUACACUUCGAAAAUAUUUGACUGCAUAGAUAUUGCAAUGUCCACCUUAUUUCUGUUCUGCAUGCUUAAAGAAACACAGUUGCUGGUUUCAUUUAAUACAUUAUUAUCAUCAACAAUUGCAGGUUAAAGAAAUGUGCAAAGCACAAGGUUGAAGAAGGAAAACUAAACCCUUUACCCCCCAAUUCCAUCCUAUAAUAUAGUUACAUUAAAGGGAAAAACAAAACUAGCACUUUCUAUGUGUUCUAUUUUAUGUCAUGUAAGUGCAUGCUUAAAACUUACUAGCACAAUUAAUGUGUUGAAUAUGAUUUAUCUGUAUACAUUGAAUUGCAUAUAAUAUUUGUGAUGUACUGCAGAUAUCACAAAUAAAGUGAUGGCAAAAUGUGUGUGGGACAUUUAAUGAGUUUGA